AGCGGGAGCGCGAGCCGGAGCGGGAGUCAGAGACGAAGCCAGAGCGGGAAGCUGAGCUGGAGCCGAAGCUGGAGCUUGCACUUGGGCGCACCGAGCAGAGCGAGGCUGCCAAGCCGAUGACUGCACGUGACCGUGGUUGAGCUGCGCACCAUAAACAUCAGGACAUCACGUGGCGUCUUCCACAGGCUCGCCCACUCCUGCCGCUCUGCGCAGUCUGCUGUCCACCGCGGUGACGCCGAACCCUCCCAGGUCGCUGCCGCGCAUGCGCCAAGCCGCCCCUUGCCGCGGAGCCAGGCUCUCACCGCCAGGAGCGCGGGGGCGCUCCCCUUACCCACACUCAUCUGCCCAGGUGAGCGGAGGGUCCUUCCUUGUGAGAAGUCAGAGCUGUGCAAGUGGGCAGGCUGGCUCCACUAUUCUGCUCCAAGGAUUACAUGUCCUUCAAACGCCCCUGCCCCUCAGCUCGAUACAACCGUACCAACUACUUCUACCCCACGUUCUCAGAGAACUCGGAGCACAGCCAUCUGCUUGUGUCUCCUGUACUGGUGGCAAGUGCAGUCAUAGGAGUGGUCAUCAUCCUCUCCUGCAUCACCAUCAUCGUGGGUAGCCUCCGCAAAGAAAGGCAGGCCCAGGGCCAGCAAAACCUCCAACUUCAGCACCAGUACCACCGCAACCAUCGCCGCCGCCGCCGCCGCUAUCAAGAGUAUGAGCUUGGCCAAGUGUCUGAUGAGCACACAUACGGCUACUCAAGCCGCAGGAUGCGCUACGCCUGCAGCCCUGCUGAGGACUGGCCCCAUCCCUUGGAUCUGAGCUCGGAUGGGGAAAUGGAUGCCCUAGGGCUCCAAGGCCUGUACCCAGAUUCUCCGCCAGGUUACGAGGAGUGUAUGGGGCCAGGAGCCACUCAGCUGUACAUCCCCACGGAUGCACCACCACCCUACUCGCUGACCGACUCCUGCCCUGUGUUGAGUGGCCUCCUUGACACAGGCAGCAGCAGCAGCCCGGGCCGAUUCCAGCAGGCGCAGAGGAUCCUGGGCCACGGUGGCAUCCGCACCAUCUCCAUGGACACCCUCCCUUCUUACGAGGCUGUGUGUGGGGCUGGCCCUUCAUCAGCCCUGCUGCCACUGCCAGGGCUAGAGCUAGGGCCAUGGAGCUCCCAGGGCCAACCCAGCCCCAGCUGGGCCCUGGUCUCCAGCCCAGAGAGGAUUGUGUAAGUGCUAGCUGGCCAUGUCGAGCCAGUCCCUUAGGGCUGAGCCACACCUUUCAGGCACACGCGCAUGCGCACACGCGCACACACGCACACACGCGCGCGCACACACACA